AUGAGUGUUGAUAGUGAUAACUCUCGAAAAAAAAGUCAUCCUUUGACAGAUUUAUGGGCGGAAAAAGAACUGAAAGCGUUAUGUCGGCAUCAAAAUAAUGUUUUGUUCAUAUCAAUUAUGUUAAGGAAACUUCUGUCUGUGAACUUCAGCCUACUAUAUCUUAACAGUGUUUUCCGGUUCUGUUUUUUAGGUAUCCUAAUGAGCACAAUACCAUCUCUAACAUUCAUGGAAGGAAUUUCGAUUUUAUCAUUCGCAGCUGGUUCAGUAAUGCAAUUCUUUCUGUUGUGUUCUUCCGUCCAGACAUUAUCAGACGCGAGUACCGAAGUGACGAAUAAAGCGUUUGAUGAAAGCUGGUAUCAAUUUCAACCAUCAAUGAAACGUAUAUUCAUAUUAUUAAUACUGUCUAAUAAUCUAGAGUGUAAAAUUGCGGCGAUUGAGAAGUUCAACUUGUCUCUGCCUUCAUUUAUGGCGAUUAUGAAUCAGUCAUAUUCGAUCGCUCUUUUGUUUUUAAAAGCGAAAUAAAGCAGAAGAUACAUGGUGCAUUCGUAAAUGUAAUAGGUAGAGAAAAUAGAAUAGAGAACAAAUCAAUGACAAAAAGAUUAAGGAAAAUUAUUUUAAAAAAAGCUUGUAGAGAGAGAGAUACAUCUAUUUUGCAUAAUUAUUCAAGAAAUAUAAAUAUAAUAAACAUAAUAUUAUUAAAUUGUUAGAAAUGUGAUAAUAUAAGAAAUUUAAUCUUUGUUUUUUAUUGAUCUCUUUCCUAUUAUUUUUUAAGCUGGAAAUGAAAGAUAAUAUAUUGGCAUAUAAAUCU